CAGCAGCCUUUAUAAACAUGGCCCCUUUAGACACCUUAGGGUUACCAUUACAAUCCAUCCAUCCACGCCAUUUGUGCCUUUCCUGCUGACAGCACAAAUUCACUCUCCAUCAACGACUUUUUUCACACUUCAGAUUGAAAACGUAGCACCUGCACUGCAGAGGAACUCACAUCAGAAGGGAAACCUCCCGGCUUAGCAGCAAAUCUCCAAAUCUCCUGCCAUCAUUCCACCUCCAGCAGCCAUGUACAGCUCCAACUACUCCCGAGCCAAAUUUGGCCUGGAGGCCAGAGAGCCACUGCACAGGUCCAGAGGGAAAAGCUGUGGAUACUACAUGAGGAUCAUUUUCUUCUUUUCCUCGCUGAUCCAGUCUCUGAUCAUAGUCAGCCUGGUGCUUUUCCUCAUCUAUGGGCAGCCAGAGAAGUCUGCAGAAGAGAAAAGGGUCAAGGACCUGGAGCGAAGCUUCAACAUCCUGAGUGACAAAAACAUUGAGCUGAAGAAGGAGAAAGCAGAUAUCAGAACUCAGCUUGGAGCUCGCAUGGCCGAGAAAGCUGCACUGGAGAAAGAUCUGGAAAAGGAGAAGAUCAAAGCCAACAAAACGGAGACUGCACUCAAUCUGAAAUUAACUCAGUGUGAAGGUUUUAAAAAGAUAGCAUUGGCACGGAGCGCGGCGGUGGCGCCAUGUUCCAGCUCUGCCCAGCCGGCUUCUGUGGCGAUCAACAGUGGCAGUGAAAUAAAGACAUUGCAGAGCCUGAACGAGCAGCAGAACGCCAUGAUACACCUGAUCAAUGCCAACUUCACCCGAAUGGUUCAAGACCUGAGCCAGCAGAGAAACGAUGCCCUCAAAGACCGAAACGGUCACCACCAGGAUGCCAUCACGCUGCGCAAAGAAAACACCAUCCUGAAGCAGCAGCUCACCACCUACACCAAGAAGUGCAAAGAGGACUUUGCUCAGUCUCUGGAUGGGAUCAAGACUGUAACCAGUGCCUUCCUGUCCAAGAUUAACAACCUGUUUCCCCACCAGAUGACCUUUCACCUCACCUGUGACAGCCAGCAGGAGCAAAUGGAGAAGAUACGGAACAGCUGCACAAACCUGUCCAGAGAUGUAGAGAACAAGUUCCAGAUAUAUUUAGACAACGUGGGCAACAAGGUGGCUGACAUCCAAUCCCUUUCCAGUCGUCUUGAGGUGAACAAUUCACACUUGACCUCUGACCUGGAGCAGUGCAAAAACAGUCAUGAUCAGAAGAUGGCUGAGGCCAGCAGAAAGCUCGAGCAGAGGCAGCAGACUCAUGACAGCCAGAUGGAGAUGUAUUUGAAAGAGCAGAACCAGCUGAGAGAAGAGAAGAAGGUGCAGGCAGACCGCCUGGCUGGUCAAGACACAGAGCUUCAAGCCCUGAAGAGGAUGAUCCAAACACUCACUGCACAACCCAACUGCAAGCUUGGUGUGCCCUCUGGCCAACAGGUGGCCCCGCAAACAGCAAACAAACAGUCCGGGAGCAUCAGAACAUCUGGCAUCACCCAGGGGUACUGACCAGACCUUCGACGAAUCCUGGCCCUGACCGCAGGAUGCCCUGCCUGUUGCUCCAAUGACUGGAAGUUGUAUCGUUUUGGGACCUACCACUGCUGGACACAGACACACAUAGAUUAAAGACCCAAGAUGGACUGCUUCUAGUUUCAAUUAAGGGCUCUAUUUUUGUUGCACUUCUGUUUUUCUUUUUCAUUUCUUCUGUUUGUUAAGACGUUUUGGUAAAAUGUGUUGAAACCUUGCAACUGAAUGGCAUAAGCAGUGGCAUUGUUGUGAUUUGGCACUAUACAUAUAAAAUAAAUUGAACUGAAAUUUACUUCAGCUGUGGAAUUCAAUACAAAAACAGAGAAGUGGAAUAUAAUGAAACAGACUUUCCAAAUAUUCUCUUUUAUUUUGUUUGUCAGAGGAGCCCCUAUGACUAAUUAAUCUAAUAUUGAGAUUUUCCAAUAUGGAAGAGCUAUUUAAAGUACUUUGAGUCAAACAUUAUGGAACAUUUUGAUUCAUAUUCAGUCAUAUUCAAAUGUGUUUUUUUUAGCGAUUUCUUAUGAUGAUAACUAAAGGACUAAAUACAUAUUUCC